AUGCACAGCCGCACUGGACUGGAUCGGCCAGCAUACUCCCCUGAUUUAAAUCCCAUAGAACAUGUAACGGAUGCCUCAGGAUUGCAUCCUCCAGGGAACACCCAACAACUGAAACAGAUGCUGAAUGAGGAAUGGGCACUUUUACCUCAUGAUCUGUUGGACAAUCUGGUGCUGAGUAUGAAGAGAUGGGGCGAAGCAACUACUGCAAUAAAGGGAAGGCAGAUUGAAACUCUUCCAAUCACGGCCAGAGAUUUGGCUAAAGAAACUAAAAUUGAUGCAGAACUCAGUCCUCUGUUACGAAUACUUCAAAGUGGCAGUGAAUUGAAAGGAAGGGAGAUGGAGUACAGUCUCCAAGAUGGCUGCAUAAUGUACGGUCAACUCGUUUAUAUUCCAAAACGAUACAGUGCUAAUGUUUUAAAAGAGUUGCACCAUGAACAGUUAGGGACUGCAAAGAUGAAAGCAAUUGCUAGAUCUUAUGUAUUUUGGAAUGAUCCUCCUAAGGUACAAGUUCAUCAUUGGGAGUACCCAAGCGCUCCAAUGGAAUGUAUUCACAUCGAUCAUGCAGGACCUGUUUUUGAGCAUAUGUUUUUGAUAAUCGUCAAUGCUCACUCAAAAUGGCUAGUAGUCUAUACAAUAUCCUUGACUUUCAAAACAAUAGAAUGUUUACGGGACUUUUUGGCACGAUUUGAAUUACCAAUAUUGUUAGUGAGUGAUAACGGACCACAAUUCACUUCACAUGAGUUUAAGAUAUUUCUACAGAGUAACGGAAUCAAACGCAAAAUUACAGCACCAUUUAAACCAUCUAGUAAUGGGCAGGCUGAAUGCUCCGAAUUAACUCUGCAGAGCCCUGCAAUGCUAAAGGUGAAGAGGGAAAUUCGAACAAGAAUAGAUUUAUUGAGACCAGAUCUCGAAAGGAGGGUGGAAGACGAAAAGGAACCUACGAGUUUGCAGACCGAGGAUUUAGAGGAGAUAGAGUGGCAGUAA